AUGGAGCCUAUGGAUGUGUCAGUCACUGACGAAGAGUACAUGAUGAUGAAAGCUAAAAGUUUUCUUGAGACCGAUUGUUAUAGAUGUAGAUCAUGGUUGCUUACAGCUAAAUCAAUGUUUCCGAAUAAUUUUGGAAUACACUUUGAAUGUUAUGAAAUAGAAAAAAAUUUACGUUGCGUUCAAAGAGCAGCUAGAUGUUUCAGUUGUUUGCUUGAAGAUUUUCCAAACGAAGCAAUUCUCUGGAAAGAGAUUGAAAACUUUACACCAAUAUUAUGUAUGGACAUAUCUUGCUUAUCAGAAGAACAAACAUUUUUCAGAGAAAUGUUUUCUGCUCUCCCCUUAUCUAUUCAACAGAAAUUAUUGUCAGUAUGUGCUGAAAGAAGUGAAGACACAAUGGAACAUUGUCGUCUAGUACUUUUACUUCUAAAUCGUUUCCCUCAAUCAUCAACUGAAUUAGCAUUAAAGCUCAUGGAUACAAUGAUUACAGCAGAAAAACACAACCAAUGCCCAAAUGUUAUAAACUGUUAUAGGAAGAUUUUAGUAUGUGAUCUUGGUCCUUUAUUAGUAUCAACAAGUACAUUAAAUCAGAAAAAUCUCUACAAAAUGUUAACAAAAACUACUGAAUUUUAUAUUACAUAUGCUAUGGGAGGACAUUCUAUUAUUCAGAACUUGCCUGAUACAGAAAAUUAUAUUAAAACACCUUGGGAAGAUUUAUUUGCUUCAUGUGAACGUAUCGGUAAAAAACUUUCUUGGGAAUUAAGAUCUGUUUUAAGUCAAAGUGAUAAACGAAAAGCUUGGAAAAAGGUAUCAAGUUUUGCAAAAAAGUUUGUAAUUGCUUCCAAUAACAGUGAACUUAGCAAACAAUUAGUGUUUUGUGGGAUGAUAUUAUUUGUACGACAUGUUUUUGAUUACAAUAAAUCAUUAAAAAUUGAAAAUGGUUCAGAAUAUUUGUUAGUUAAAGCAAUUAAAGGUCCAAAAGUACAAAUUAAUAAACCCCCUUUGAAACAAGCUGUACUUUCCAUAGCAACUAAAUUAAAUGAAUCAUUGAUUGGUAUUACCGAUGACUCGUCUGAAGUUCUUGAUCAUUUCAAAAUGGCUUUCAACUAUUGGGAAUUACUUACUAAUAAAGAACCAAUGUGCACUGAUUAUUGGAAAUUAAGUGCUCAAAUUAAAGUGGAUACAUUCAUAGGACAAUUCCUUAAUGAUAUUGAAUUUUAUCAAGGGAAAUACAAGAAUCUUUUCAAAGCUGUACCAGUUCAUGAAAGUAUUAGAAAAUCAUUAUCAUUAGUGACGUUAUACUAUUGUGUACAAGAAUUCAAGAAAUGUACCGAGCACAUUUUCGAGGUAGUAGAUCAAAUAGAAAGUCUUAGCUUGUAUGGAAGCUUGUCUACAGAAAUAGCUAAUCCGCCCGAAGAUAGAGAAAUGUAUUAUAUUCAAAUAGCAAAAUUGCCCGUUUUACAGUAUUGUGUUAAGAUAAUGGUUCAAAUACUCUACAAUCAACUUUCCAAUUAUCCAUCAACUAGUGAUAUUCUUAUUGGUCAUCUUUUAGUAUUGUCACAAAUGGUUUGGCCAGAAGGAAAAGCAAUUGCUGAAGAUAUGUAUAAUCACAUAGGAAAAUUGCCUUUGUUUACAUAUCCUCAAUUUUCAGCUUAUAUUACUAACAUAGAUAUCAUUGAACACUUUAUGGCUAUGUUUAUGGAAAAUGAUAAAUGUGUCUUAAAUGUAUUUCCAUGUGUAGCUUCUUCGUUAAGUCCACGAAUAUCAACCAGAGGAGCUGGCAAAGGAGUAAAAGAAGAGUUUCGGACAGCAUUGAAAAAACAAGUAAAACGAUGGUCUGAACCAGUGGAUGAAACUAUGUUAUUAUUUUUUAAGAAUGAAAGAGAAAGCUUAAUGAAGACUGCUACUCUUAUGGAAAAAUCAUUAACUUUUUAA